GUCCCCACCCCCAUGCCAGAGGAUGCCGCCGCUGUUGCUGGCUGGAUCUGGAGGGCCAGUGGGUGGGGCAGACAUGCGUGGGUCCCUCUCGGGGUGCACCCAAGCCAGGCAGGGGAUGGUGGUCCCUUGCCCCCGCGGGGGAGGGUGGCUUUAGGGACCUUCCCGAAAGGCCCGGCCCAACCUGAGAUUGGCAUCCUCGCCAUAGCCGUCAGGUUUUCCCUUUUCUCGCGAGGAAGCCUAUUCAGCAUAAGGGAAUUUCCCUUAAAAAAAGGGAGAACUUGACAGCUAUGAUGAUCCUCGCCAGCAGCGCUUCCGCUGGGCUAGGAAAGCCCCCCCGUCUGGAAGUGCAGCGCCGUCGGUGGAUGUGGAACUUAGGCGCAGCAAGCACCGGCGGAGGAUGAGGCUGCGAGGCAGGUGCCUUCCUUCCUAUCUAAAGACGCCUUUUCUCCAGAAACAUGAGGACUGGGACCUUGCUCCUUAGGGGAAGGGUGGCUGUAGCUCAAAUGGGAGGGCGCAUGUUUUGCACGCAGAAGGUUCCCCCACCCUACCCCGGCCAGGUUCAAUCUCUCUGUCUCUCUCUUUCACACACAUUUCUCUAGGUAAUGUUGAGGGUGGCUGCUGCUGGGCAGGCAAGAUGGGGACUGAUCCAGUAUGGCAGCUUCCUAUAAGGGUUGGAUCCUGCACCCAGACCUGCUGCGAGGCAUCUGACAUCUCCCUCUUUUGAAAUGUAUUGAGGUCAGGAGCAGAACUGUCCUCCUCAGAAGCGCCACAAAUUCUGACUCCCAAAGUACCUUGAGAUUACCCAACAUUACCUCAUAAUGUUGUUGGCCUCAGUCUGUUUCAGCAGGAGACAAUGGAAGUGUGUGCCUUUUUGGGGGUGUGUGUGGGUGAAGUCAAGCUGUUGUUGGAAGGUUAUGGUGCCUGCUGUGGCUGUAUUUGGGGUGCAGACACUUUGGAGGUGAUGCAAAUGGCGUGGAUUUCAAGCAUGCACCUUGUCAGGUGGUUUAAUAGUUCUUCUUGAAGAUACAUGCAAAAGCUUCAAAGGUUGGCAGUUCUCUCGCUUAUGAGGACAAAUCUGCCACAGGCUGUUGGAUUUUGAGCUUCUUUGUUGGAGGGUUGCUUUCUCUGCUGGAGACAGGGAACUGGGCUGAGAAUUUGAGACAGAGGCAACAAGGCAGUUAGCAUGUUCUUAAUGCUAAAUUACAAAACUGACAGGACUCUAAAGGAAAGGAGGAGAAAAGCUGAUUCCUUUUGGAAGCAGUAAGUAAACCAACAAUUUCACAGGUUUGAGGCUUCAGUUGAGAACCAGUUGUUGUAAGGCAGUUAUUUAUAGGCAUCCCAACUAAGCUUGGAAAUUGUAAUUCGUGAAGGGUGCUGGGAAUUGUAGCUAUGUGAGGAGCAAACUACAUUUCCCAGGAUCCUUGGGCAGGGAUGCUUUAAAUGUGUGGUGUGUUGGCAAACCUAGACCAUGAAGGCCUAAAUCCCUACUUGGCCAUGAAACUCUCUUGGGCCAGUCACACUGUCUCACUCUCCCCUCACAGGGCUGCUGUGAAGACAAAAAUACGUCACAGUGGACUCCUAGGCGGAAAGGUCUGUGUGUGGUUGCUGAAGACCAGGGCAACUUGCAAGAGGAGGUUUCUGGCCCGGGACCUGCUCAAGAGGACAAUGGAUCGACUGAAGGUCCCCCGCACCAGAGAGCUGGAAUUUGGAGGCGUCCUAGGGGCUGCCCUCCUUAUCGUCCUGAUGCCCACCACUGUCUUCUACCUCCUGCUGACUUGCAGAACGGAGCAGGCCAGCCUGUUGAACAUCCCCCAUCCUUUGCCCACCCUCCGCUCCCUGUGGGACCCCCGGGACUUUGCCCUGGUCUUGGCCUGGGUUGGCCUGCAAGCUCUCUUAUACAUGCUCCCGAUGGGGAAGCUCACAGAAGGGACCCCGCUGCGAGACAAGACCCGGCUCCAGUACCGGAUUAAUGGGUGUCAUGCCAUGGUGGUCACAGCGCUGGUGGUUGGAGCCGGCCUGGCUGCUGGACUGCGCCUCAGCUACAUCCACGACCAUUUCCUGCAGUUGGCCUUCUCUGCCUCCCUCGUGGCCUUUGGUCUCAGCGCCCUCCUGUACAUCAAGGCCUUGUUUGCCCCAGAGGCAGCCCUGGCCCCAGGCGGGAACUCAGGAAACCCCGUUUACGACUUCUUCAUGGGCCAUGAAUUGAACCCACGUAUCAAUAUCUUUGACCUGAAGUUCUUCUGUGAGCUGCGCCCGGGUCUCCUUGGAUGGGCCCUGAUUAACAUGGCCAUGUUGGUGAAGGAGACGGAGCUGAGAGGAAGCCCUUCCUUGGCCAUGAUCCUCGUUAAUGGCUUCCAGCUUCUCUACGUGGUGGAUGCCUUAUGGCACGAGGAGGCUGUCCUCACCACGAUGGACAUCGUCCAUGACGGGUUCGGCUUCAUGUUGGCUUUUGGGGACUUGACGUGGGUGCCCUUUUUGUACACCCUCCAGUCGUAUUUCCUCGUCACCCACCCGCAGAAGCUGAGCCUGCCCAUGGCUGGGGGCAUCACCCUGCUAAACGGCCUGGGCUACUCCAUUUUCCGUGGCGCCAACUCCCAGAAGAAUGCCUUUCGCCGGAACCCUGCCGACCCCAAAGUUGCUGGACUGCGAACCAUCCCCACGGCCACAGGACGGCGCCUGCUGGUGUCCGGCUGGUGGGGGUUUGUGCGGCACCCCAAUUACUUAGGAGACCUCAUCAUGGCUUUUGCGUGGUCCUUGCCCUGCGGCCUGACUCACAUCCUGCCUUACUUCUAUGUCCUCUACUUCACCUUCCUUCUCAUUCACCGGGAAGCCCGGGACGAGCACCAGUGCCUGAGGAAGUAUGGCCUCGCCUGGCAGGAGUAUUGCCGCCGCGUCCCUUACCGGAUCUUCCCCUACCUCUACUGAGCCAUCGCUUGACAACUCUGCUCUCGCCCUGGUCACCACGAUGGAAAUCCAGCCUUUCUGCCUGCCUGGAGAAGCCCAUGCCCAAACAGGCUCAACCAAGGAGAGGAAUGGGUGCUGUGGCCAUCACCGUGGGGUCACAACCCCUCUCC